UGACUGAUAUACACAUUAAAUGAUGAACUGGAGGUCAUGAAAACAGAGAAAUGCGGUCUACGCAUGUGCAGGGCGGUCAGCGGAAGUCGCCGUGUAUAUAUGUGUGUGUGUGAGUAAAUUUAGCUCGUCGCUGCUCCUUCAAUGACUUACACACACACUCCCAUCUCUCGCUUCACUUUUCCCUGUACCAGCAACUCUCCGCAAACGCUAUGUCCCGUGUGUGAAAUCCUCUUGUCGACGGACUAACUUGACACCUACACUCUGUCGGAGGGAAACUGAGAGAUUUUCUUUGUCGCAGGAGUGUGUGGGAGCAUCAUGUGGAGGAAGGCUUCAGCAGCGGCCCUGCUGGCGUUAGCUGUUGGAUAUUUCUAUCAUGGCAGGCUGAACUUGCCCGAGCAGAUUUCUCAGUAUGUCAGCCUGCCAAUUUUUCACUCAUCUCCCAGUCCCAACAUCCAAAACGGCGUGGAGCAGGUGAUCUCGACUGCCUGGGAAACUCUCAUAACUUUACCAACACGUCAGUGGAGCAGAGUGGCUGUAGGUGUGAAUGCCUGUGUAGAUGUGGUCGUCUCUGGAGUGGGAUUGCUGCAGGCUUUGGCUGUGGAUCCUGGCACCGGCCUGGAUCAUGAAGUUUUGCACUCUAAAGAUGACUUGAAGGAAGCCUUCAUCCAUUACAUGGGACGUGGAGCAGCUGCCGAGCGCUUCUUCAGUGACAAAGAGGCCUUUCAGUGGAUUGCGCGUGCAGCAGCAGAAUACCCCGGUGCAAAGUUGUAUGUGGGAGGAAAUGCUGCUCUUAUUGGCCAGAAGCUCGCCUCCUACCCCGAUUUAAUGGUUUUGUUAUGUGGGCCAGUUGGUCCUAAACUUCAUGAGAUGCUGGAUGAGCAGAUCCUCGUUCCCCCAGACUCACUGCAAGAGACGGAUGAAUAUCACCUCAUCCUGGAAUAUAAAGCAGGAGAACAAUGGGGCUCGACUCAGGCACCACAAGCAAACCGCUUCAUCUUCUCUCAUGAUGUCUCCAACGGGGAGAUGAGCUCCUUGGAGACAUUUGUGGCGAGUCUGGAGGAGUUUGAGCCCGACCUGGUCGUCCUGUCAGGGCUCCACAUGAUGGAGGGUCAGGGCAGACAGCUGUGGGAGGAGCGACUGAAGGAGGCUGUGUCGGCCAUAGCUGACAUCCAUAAAGAUAUCCCUAUCCACCUGGAGUUGGCCAGCUUGACCGACAAAGACUACAUGAACAGUAUAAUGCAGGAGCAGGUUAUGCCCAUUGUCAGCUCCAUUGGGCUGAAUGAGCAGGAGCUGCUCUUCCUCUCUCAGGCAGGUGAAGGGCCUCAUUCAGAUUUGGCUGCCUGGCAAGGCAUCCCAGACGUCGGCCAGGUCAGUGACAUUCUCUACUGGGUCCUGGAGCAGCAUGGCCGCAUUGAGCCAUCAUCAGAGGCGGACCUCACUCGCAUUCACUUCCACACACUGGCCUACCAUGUCCUGGCUACAGUGGAUGGAUACUGGGGGAACCAGGCAGCAGCGGUGAUGGCUGGUGCAAGAGUGGCGAGCAGUCAGGCCUGUGGUCUCCAGUCUGUUGAUGUUAGCAAAGUGGAGCUCAAAGUUCAGCUAGAGUUUCACAGCUCACACUUUGAGCCACGAGAGAAGUUGACCCUGAACCCAGCAGAGCCUGUUACAGUGUGGCGACGAGGAAACAUCACCUUCCACCUCACACCAGUGCUGGUUUGCAAACAGCCACUCCGGACAGUUGGACUUGGGGACGCCAUCUCAGCAGAGGGACUAGUUUACUCAGAGUUAAAGACCCAGCAGCCCUUCUGAGGUUUACUUAACUCUGUCACUAUCUGGAAAAUAUUGACCGGGUGGUUGACUGAGGCUUGGUGAAGGUCCAUCUGCAGUUGUGGUUGUUGGGUUGGAGUCAUGUUUCCAAAACACUUCAAACCUCUUGUGUUCUGAACCAAGCUCUGUCUUAUCUCAGUCUAAGAAUGUGACCAAUGGUGGCAAUUUGAAUUCCUGUCAAGUGACUCCUCCAGCCUGCUCCGAUCCCCUGGUUUAGAAACUGAGACAGAACUGGAUCUAGGCUGUGAGGUGGCCUAUGCACUUGGCACAGAUAUAAGCCAUCUUCACAAAUAAUAUUCAGACAGAAAACUCCAAAGAGUUUGUUGGCUCAUUUUAUUUACUUUGACCUGCAUAUCUUUAAGUAUGCUGUGCCUUGGAAAAAGUUAUAAAUAUUUUAUUCCUGUUUCAGAGCCAAGCAAACUUAACAUUUGUGAGUUAUAGAUGUAUAAACACAUACAGUAUAUGAGUGUAUAUGUAAAUGUUUGACUGGAAACAAAUAGGCAUCUUACUUUAUGGUAGACUCCACUUUAUGUUUUUUAUGUUUGUUUCUCUUAAAAAUGUCAGGAAAACACUUGAACACUCAUUCGAUCAUGUUAUCUGACUUGUCCAGAUACUUUUCAUCUAUGUUACUGCAAGGAUGAAAAUACUAGAGUGCCAGCUUUUGUGUUUUCUCAGGUUUUUGGUCCAAACACUCCCACUAUAAAGAUGAUGCAGUUAAGAGACCACAUUAAGCAGAUGAGAGAGAUCAUCAUGUCAGUUUCUUGCUCUACAUUAUGAAU